GAUAGACUGGACCCUCAAGAACCCUUCUGAGAUCGAGACCUUCGAGGGCCUGACGCUCCAGCUCACUGUGGCCUCGCCGGCGCUGCUCGAGUACCAUUUCGAGGAUGCCUGGAGGGCGAACCGCGAACAAUGCGCGGCGGCCGAGAUGGGCAUGCACCAGGACAGGUCAGACGUCACAGCUGCCAAACAAGUCCUGGACGACCCCAG